AUGGACGCCAAGGAACCACUACUCCCAUCGGAUCCUCCACCCUCGUACGAAGAUGCACGCAAAUCGCCUCUUUCCCACAACCGAUCAGCCUCGGGUGUAGCGCCAGGCAAAAGACCGCCUCCCGGCCCUCCGCCGCCGCUCAGCUUACCCGCGCUGAACCAACUGAGGGGGUCCAGGGUCGUCCUUGCAAGCAAAUCACCAAGAAGGAGACAGCUGCUUGCGCAGCUUGGCCUGACCAAGGUCGAUGUAUGUCCUUCGCAGUUUGCCGAGAACCUCGACCAUUCCAUGGGCGCGCUGAACUAUGUGCUUGAAACCGCCUCCGCCAAAGCGCUCGACGUCUACAAAGCCGAACUCAACAACGAAGAACGCGGCGAGCCGGCAAUUGUCAUUUCGGCAGAUACCAUCAUAGUCUCGCAUGACGGGCGGAUACUGGAGAAGCCACGGAGCGAGGCACAUCACAUAGGCAUGCUGAAGAUGCUGAGAGAUCAGGGCGAGCACAAGGUCAUGACGGCCGUGGUGGUAAUGCGGCCGCUGGAGUCGUGCGUAGUCCCGGGCUAUGCUAUGAAGACGCACAUUGAGGAAACGACCGUCAGAUUCGAUCCUAACGUGACGGAUGAGCUCAUUCUUGCAUAUGUAAGAACACGCGACGGAAACGACAAGGCAGGCGGAUAUGGCAUCCAGACGGCUGGUUCGGUGCUUAUCGAACGCAUAGAGGGUUCCUACGACAAUGUGGUGGGACUGCCACUGAGGGCUACUCUCAGGCUUAUCGAGAAUAUCAUGCAGCCUGAGGAGGAAGAAAGUGACGGGGAUUUCUUCGUUGAUAGUAAGGAGGAGGAUGAUGAUGAUGACUAG